CGGAACUUAAUGACGGGGGAGGAGUAAUAUAGACUCUGUACUUCCACCUAAAACACAACAUUUCUUCCUGAUAAGCACAGCACCCCAUGAUUAAGCAACCACUUUCACUAUUGUCAACAUAUCCCCCCUCUCAGGUUUCAGACUACUCCACUGGAGCUCCAUACGCCCCCCUAAACCCUAGAAAUAGUCAAGCAAGAAUCCGAAUUCAAACAACAAGCUCUCAAUAAUCGAAGAUCACCUCUAUUUCUAUUAAUUAAAAUUUAUCUGAUUUCCCCCAUUUCCAUUAUUUCUUGUUCCAAACACGCUGCGAUGAUCCCAAAGUUAAUAACAACUCCGACAAUGUGAAUCCCGUGUGGCAGAGUUAUCAAUGUUUCCAUUGUCCUGAAGAAAAUCCAUUACUUAGAUAAUCUUUUCAAAAUAUUCUACUUUUCUUGAUGUUAUGAUCCUCAUAGUUAUUUUCCUACUAGUUUUAUGAGCUUUAUCUCCUGUGGAGAGAACGGUGAUUUUUUGUGACUGGUGCUGCGAAAAUCCAGUGGCACAUUUGCAAAUUAGUGAUUCUUGCUGGUCACCCCCGGGUGGGUGAGGGAAGACCUGCUUGAUUGGAAUUUCAUGGAAAGCAGCAAUGUAGUGGGCGAUGAUCAAUGCUCGGGUUGGAUGCAAGUGAAAAAGAAGCAUAGAAGUGGCUCAAAGUCUUCCACACAUUGUUGGUCUGGGGGAUCGCCUGGAGUAUCUGAUUCUCUUGGUCGUCGUAAUUGUUUGUUAGAUGUAAAUUGUGAGAAGAAUGAAAGCACCAACCAACCUAUAAAAUCAGAGAGAGGUUCUUUUUCGUAUGCUUCCAAUGAUUUGGGCAAUUCUUGUGCUGUUGCAAAUAAAGAAGAAAAAGCCACACAUUAUCUGGAUAAAUGUGUUGUUAGUCAAGCCAAUAGAAGCCUUAAUACAUCUCUGUUAGUUGUCUCAAGUGAUGAAAACUUGCAGAGGAAUACUAAUCAGGAAGUUCUGCCAAAAAUAAAGUGGGGUGAUUUGGAUGAUGCAGCUCUGGCAUUCCAUUUUAAAGAAGAUGUUAGGUCUGAAAUAAUGUUUGGGGAAAUUCCCAAUCACAGCUUGGUUGGCAGGAUAAUUGAGAAAGCUAAUGUUUCUCCGUUGCCUGUUGAUGAAAAUCCAGAGUCUCAUGUCACGUCUCAAGUGAAUGAUGAAACUGUAGAGGAAAAGUAUAGAGAGGUAAAUGAAGAACUCUUUGAAGAUGUGAAAAAUCAAAUUACAAGUGAGAAGGUAAUCAAACAUAAUUUUGUUGUAUCUAUAGAUGAUCUCGGCUUCUCUGCUAUUGAUGAAGAUGCAAAAGCAGUGGGAACCUCACAAAACUCAGAAUCAGCAGUUCCCGAAGAAUCUUUCUUGGAAACUUCUAAUGGGGAUAUCGGAAGAGAAGGCAAUACGAUCACUAUUGAUGAUUUUCAUCAAACACAGACCAUAGAUGGUGUUGAUGCAGAUGGGAAUGAUGAAAGUAAAGAGAGGUUUAGGCAACGGCUUUGGUGCUUUCUCUUUGAGAACCUUAACAGGGCCGUUGAUGAGCUUUAUCUACUUUGUGAGUUAGAGUGUGACUUGGCUCAAACAAAAGAGGCUAUUCUUGUUCUUGAAGAAGCGGCUUCAGAUUUCAAAGAGCUCAACUCAAGAGUGAAGGAAUUUGAGAGCAUUAAGAAGACAUCAUCUCAUUUAAUUGACGGAACGCCAUUAGUGAUGAAGUCUGACCAUCGUAGGCCACAUGCUCUCUCAUGGGAGGUCCGCAGAAUGACGACUUCACCACACAGGGCUGAGAUACUGGCUUCAUCGCUUGAGGCAUUCAGAAAAGUUCAACAAGAAAGAGCAAAGGCCUGUGCAAGUGAUGCUGGAAAAUUGGGCUCAGAUUGUGAAACCAGUGAUCAUUUGAGGAAGUACACUGAGAGUGGUGGAGAUAUUAUGAGCAUCAAUGGUAAAGAACCGGUAAAAAAGGCGGAGGGGAAGCUGAAUGCUGCAUCUGAUAUAUCUCAUCGGAAUUCAAGUAAUAAAGAGAAACGAAAUGUUGAUGCAAGCAGGCUGAACCCUCACGCAUCUAAUAGAUUGCCUCAUAAAGAUUCUGGUUUUGUCACGGCUAAUAAAAACAAGAAAGAUAGUUAUAUGAUCGACAAAAAUUCAAAAACAGUGGAUCACUUGAAAAAGCAGCAAAUUCCUGUCUCUGAAAGGGAAAAACAGAAUGGGAUGUCAUGGAAAUCCAUGGAUGCUUGGAAAGAGAAGAGGAACUGGGAAGACAUUCUCACACCAUCCUACAGAGUUUCUUCGCGUUAUUCAUACUCGCCUGGUUUGAGCAGAAAAAGUGCUGAACGGGCCCGUGUUUUGCAUGAUAAACUCAUGUCUCCCGACAAGAAGAAAAAAUCCUCUCUUGAUCUGAAAAAGGAAGCAGAAGAAAAACAUGCGCGAGCCAUGAGGAUCAGAUCUGAGCUUGAGAACGAGAGAGUUCAAAAACUUCAGCGGACAUCAGAGAAACUGAACCGUGUCAAUGAAUGGCAAAGCGUACGCAAUACAAGGCUACGUGAGGUAAUGUAUGCCCGCCACCAGCGUAGUGAAUCCAGACAUGAAGCUCACUUGGCAGGGAUUGCGAGAAGAGCCGGUGAUGAAACCAUUAAAGUUAACGAGGUACGGUUCAUUACCUCAAUGAACGAAGAGAACAAAAAACUCAUCUUGCGUCAGAAGCUUCAGGAUUUUGAAUUGAGGAGAGCUGGGAAACUUCAAGUGUUGAAAACUAAACAGAAAGAAGAUACAGCAAGGGAGGAGGCAGUCUUCGAACGCAAGAAACUCAUUGAGGCCGAAAAGUUGCACAGAAUUGCGGAAGCACAGAGGAAGAAGGAGGAGGCUCAAGUUAGGAGGGAAGAAGAACGGAGAGCUUCGACUGCCGCACGUGAAGCAAGGGCUAUGGAACAUAUGAGGAGAAAGCAGGUACGGGUCAAGGCGCAACAGGAGGAAGCCGAGCUCUUGGCCCAAAAAUUAGCCGAACGCCUGAAAGAGAGUGAACAACGCCGUAAGUUUUAUUUGGAGCAAAUAAGGGAACGCGCUUCGAUGGAUUUCAGGGAUCAAUCACCUUUACUUCGCCGAAAGGACGGGCAGGGAAGAUGUACACCCCCCAACAGUGGCAGUGAAGAUUCUAUAGGAAAUGGCUGUUCUGUUUCUGAAGGGAACGUUCUUGGUUCUAGCAAUGCAACACUACAGCACUCACUCAAACGAAGGAUCAAACGAAUCCGUCAAAGACUUAUGGCUUUGAAGUAUGAAUUGAUGGAGACAUCUAUUGGAGGUGAAAACAAUGGCUUUGCAUAUCGAUCUGCCGUGGCAACUGCUAAGAUAAAAAUUGGGAAAUGGCUUCAGGAACUUCAGAAGCUUCGCCAGGCAAGAAAGGCUGGGGCAGCUUCUUUUGGACUAAUGGCAGCUGAAAUUAUCAAGUUUUUAGAUGGAAGGGAUGCUGAGUUGCAAGCUUCUCGCCAAGCUGGUUUGCUUGAUUUUAUAGCUUCUGCCCUUCCUGCCUCCCACACAUCAAAACCCGAAGCAUGCCAGGUCACAUUGUAUCUUUUGAGACUUCUGAAGGUAAUUCUUUCAGUGCCUUCAAAUAGGAGCUAUUUCCUUGCCCAGAACCUACUUCCUCCGAUCAUCCCCAUGCUGGCAGCAUCUCUUGAAAACUAUAUCAAAAUUGCAGCAUCAUCAAACAUCCCUGGUUCGACCAAUCCAAACUCAAGUAAAACCUCAGUUGAAAAUUUGGAGUUGAUUUCUGAUGUCUUGGAUGGUUUCCUGUGGACAGUGGCUUCAAUAAUUGGUCACCCUAGCUUUGGUGAGUGUGACCUUCGAUUGCAGGACGGUCUAACGGAGUUAGUGAUAUCAUACCAAGUUAUUCACCGGUUACGGGAUCUGUUCGCACUUUAUGACCGGCCUCAUGUGGAAGGCUUCCCUUUCCCUUCUUCAAUACUUUUGAGCAUCAACCUGCUCACAGUUCUUACUUCCAGAUUCAGAAAUCUGUGUUUAAUCGAUUGUGAUGAAUUUGUUACUAGAACAAGCCAGACAGAGGUCAAACUACCUGAGAUUGCAGAAGAUGAACAAGCAGAGUCUAGCAGUACUGGGCAGGAUGAUAAAUUACCUUCUGUACCCUUAGAUACUGUGAGAGAGACUGCCAUUGCGUCCUGCAGCGACAUGCAAAGUAAUAUGGGCUUUUCUUCUGUUUCUGAUAACGAUGUGAAACCUUGUAAUAAUAAUAGCAACAACAAUAGUAAUAAUAAUAAUAAUGAUAGUGGAGGAGAAUCAAAGAGUGGAAAUGACUUGGGCUUGAAACAACCUGCUGUAGCUUUCCUUCUAUCUGCAAUACAUGAGACUGGCUUGGUGUGUCUACCAUCCAUGUUGACCGCAGUGCUAUUGCAAGCUAACAAUAGAUUCUCUGAGCAGGCAUCCUAUAUCCUUCCAUCAAAUUUUGAAGAAGUGGCAACAGGAGUGCUGAAGGUGCUGAACAAUUUGGCUCUGAUAGACAUAUCUUUUAUACAAAAGAUGCUGGCAAGACCAGACUUGAAAAUGGAGUUCUUUCACUUGACUAGUUUUCUGCUUUCUCAUUGCACUAACAAGUGGGCUCUAGCUACUGAUCAGAUUGGUCAGCUAUUGAUGGAAUCACUAUCACUACUCGGCUAUUUUUCAUUGUUCCACCAAGAGAACCAAUCUGUCCUUCGUUGGGGAAAGAGCCCCACCAUACUUCAUAAGGUGUGUGACCUCCCCUUCGUGUUCUUCAGUGACCCUGAGUUGAUGCCUGUUCUAGCUGGUAUACUUGUUGCCUCCUGCUUUGGUAGUAAUGAGCAGAAUAAGGGUAUCAUUCAACAAGAGCUAAGUACAGAUAUGAUACUCUCCUUGCUUAAAGCUUGCCGAACUAGUCUCCCUCAAACGUUUCCUCCUCGCCUCCAUGGGAGUACCCCCACGCGGAAUGCACAGAUUUUUUCACAGAAAGGGGGAAGGACGGCCAAAACGCGACGCUACCAGAAAGACAACCGAGAGGGUGGGAAAAGUAUGAUGAAGAAUUGUAGUAAUAGUAGUAGCAGUAGUAAUUCUGCUGCUGCUGCUUUGAUGUUAAACUCAAGAUUUGCUUCAAAUGUUAUAGACAAAGCGGAGGCGUUCUUUGCUGCUGAUUGAAUGUCAUUGUUCUCAAGCUACAGGCAGGCAGGAUAGUCGUGCCAGAGUAUUUAUAAAGAAUAAACAUAUACGAAGUAUUUAUCAUUCUUUUAGUAGGGGGGACGAAUAAAGAUUUGCCACUGCAGAUGAUGUCUUGGAGGCAGGAUAUGUAAAAUUGGUUAACUUCUUAUCAGGUGAAAUGUAAUAUUGCGCCUUGCAGACUUGCAUUUAGUAGUUGAGAGUCUUGCAGGUGAAAUAAAGCCACACCCUUGCAAUUAUCUGCAUAAUUGUCACUUUUAUUCUUACCAACUUAGAAAUUUACCAAAAGCUACCUUAUUUUCUUGAACC